AGGCGAAGGCUAAGCUCUAACAAAGCCGGCUCUCGCUCCACCUCUUCUGUCGCUCCAAGCCUAGGCCGGUACCGACCUUGCCCAAGUUCUACUGCUUUCCCUCUGCCAAGGGUGCCAGGCACCGAAUCUCUCACCGUACUUCCCGCCUGAGGCCAGGCACCGGGUGUCGGCUGGUGCCAGACAGCUUAUUUGGGAACGAACAUCAGCCCAACCAAUCAAUGCCUCAGAUGGAUAAGCAAAUAUGCAUUCCGCCGGAGCUGCCGGAAUUGCUGAAGCAAUUUACCAAAGCUGCCCUUCGGACACAGCCACAGGAUCUCAUCCAGUGGGCUGCUGAUUAUUUUGGAGCUCUGACCCGUGGAGACAUUCCUCCAGUGAGAGAUGGGUCUCAGCCAGUAGCCUCAUCUAACUUUGCAGAGCUUACACCUGAGCUGUUGAAGAUCCUGCAUUCUAGGGUUGCUGGCAGGCUGAUUAUCCAUGUGAAUGAGCUGGGCCAGAUGUGGAAGGUGCUGAGUCUCCCACCCGAGCUGUUAAAUAGUGUGAUAAAUGUGGGCCGCUUCACGGAGGAGAUUGAGUGGCUAAAGUUUUUAGCCCUUGCUUGCAGCGCUCUUGGUGUU